CAGAGCGGAUGAUUUCGCCGAAGCAUGCGAUCGUUUCUACUGUAACUCCAAUCUCAAAAUCAUUUCUAUGGUAAUAUCAUAGGCUUUUCUUCACUUACAUAUCGCACUAUCAUGUUAUAACAUAUUAAAGCGUGUUGUUAAGAUGUAAUUAACAUAUGUAGUCCGGCGUGAAAUACACUUGCAAGUUCUACAAUAAUUCCACGGUUUAGAAGCUCCGGUCUAUGCCUAACUCGUGCACGUACGAAUGAAUGAAAACACCUACACAUACAUGUACAUGUAAAUUGCGAUCAUCAAUCAUGCCUAAGAAAAAGACUGGAGCAAGAAAAAAGGCAGAGAAACAAAGGGAGAGGCAAAAGGGCAUAAGAUCUUCGGAUAAGGGUGUUGCAGAGAAGCCGUGCAAUUUCAUCAUGGAGUGCGAUAAAUGCAAGAGGAAACAGAAGAAUCGAGCAUUUUGCUACUUUUGUAGUAGCUGCAAAAGGCUGCCAGUGUGUGCCCAAUGUGGUAAGCAAAAGUGUAUGCAGAAAACGGGAGAUUGUGUUAUAAAACACCCAGGACAGUUUUCAACGGGGAUGGCCAUGGUGGCGCGAUCUGCUGAUUUUUGCGAGGCUUGGGUGUGUCACGGGAGGAAGUGCUUGACGACUCAUGCAUGCAGCUGCAUACUCCGGGAUGCUGUCUGCGCGGGCGAACGGGGGGUCUGGGAGCAUGGUGGCCGUGUGUUUAAGUGCUGCUUCUGCGACAACUUUCUCUGUGAGGACGACCAGUUUGAACAUCAGGCAAAGUGUCAAGUGUUGGAAGCGGAAACAUACAAGUGUUUGUCUUGCAAUAAGUUAGGCCAAUAUUCUUGUUUGAGAUGCAAGACGUGCUUCUGUGAGGAUCACGUGAGGCGCAAGGGCUUCAAGUACGAGAAAGGACAGCGCAUUCCCUGUCCGAAGUGCGGUUACGAUACGCAGGACACCAAGGACCUGAGCAUGUCGACUCGGUCGAUGUCGUACGGAAGACAGGCCGGUUCGAUGGGACUGGAGUACAACAGUCCAUGGGGAGGAGGAGGAGACGACGAUGACAACGACGGGGCUUCGGGAUUCAGCGGUUACAGCUUCGGCGGCUACGGAGGUCGUCAGGCUGAUGCUGACGAUGAUGACGACGACAGUGAUGACGAUGACUCUGAGGAGGAUGAUGAUGAUGACGAUGAUGACGACGAGAAAAGUGACGAUGGCGGCGACGGCAGCAAAAAAGACGGAGAAGGAGACAAAACCAAAUGAUGUCAAGAUACUAUAUCAUCGCGAAUCUGUAUCAGGUUCCUGUAGAAAUUGGACUUAAGGGUUGUGUUUAUUUCGAGAGCCUCGUGGGGUUAAAAAAUGAAAUGUCAAGUCUGACUACAGCUCUAUUUUUUCAAACUAAACUGAGAGAAAGGUUAGUCAAAGACUGGUCGAACUUUCAUGUGAUGUCACGUUGGUGAAUAUAUUCUCCAUUUACAACCACUAGAUGUCGCCCCAUGUCAAUAAGGUGCUUGGUUGCUGUUACUGAUGAGUAUAACCUUAUAUAAUAUAAUUAUAUAUGUAAAUUAUAAGGAACAAGCUACCUGACACUAACCCCGUUUGUUCUCGGAAGGUACAACCAAGUUUGUUUUUACAGACUGGCACAUUAUGUUUGAACUGAUUGAUGAUUGGUUGAUGAUUGUCAUAUCAAAGAAGAGGUUUAAAAAUAAAAUUAAUUUUAUUCAUUGAA